ACGGGUUCGAUCUAUUGAAUUGUAGGGGAAAGCGGGGCAAAAUGGGCAUGUGGGGCAAAAUGGGCACCCUCUAUUUAAGCAUUAUUUGACUACAAAGCUACUUUCCAAUGCUCAAAAUGUAUUCAUUAGAGUGUUUUAUGAACACCAUGUAAGUUUCAUAACGCUAACACAAAAAAUAACCAAGAAAAGUGCAAAAUAAGGUUUAGUAGCAUAUUGAUGUAAUUUUUGUCACUUCGAAAAUAAGCUUAACCCAGUGUCACAGGGAUGCGUUGAAGUUUUACAUUAUAUAUUAUUAAAGAUGUGAUAUUUCUAUACAAUUUGUCUGAAGAAAGCAAGGCGAUCGAAUGCGUAUUUUUACUAAUAUAACAUAAAAUACAAAAAUGCUUCACGUGGGGCAAAAUGGGCAGUUACGCUUGGGGCAAAAUGGGCAGAUACUUUUGACAAAUGGCGUUUGGUGAGGCUAUGGUGUUAUAUUUGUCGCCUCAAUAAUGAUAACAGACACAGCUUCAAAAGAAUCGAUUUUGUAGAUUUAAACGUGUAAAAACUGUUAUAAUUUUGAUAACAUAUUUUUGGAAGAAUUUUAAGGGCUUUCCUGACCAGCAAAACAAAAGAUAGAACGAAAAUACAAUUCACGAAACGGUGCGCAAAAGCAUAGACCAUUACCUAAGCGCAGUUGUUGUGGCCCAUUUUACCCCAGUGUUCUGACGUUUCACAGUUUGUUUACAUAUGCCCAUUUUGCCCCAGGGCUAUGCCCAUUUUACCCCGUGUGUCAAAAUAGCUUCUCGUAAAACAUCAACUUUGAUUUUACAUUAUUUUAUUGUUUUUGAGUUGUUUUCAUUCUAUGUGGCAAUUUUAAUCCAUAGAUAAAUGGUGGAGGCAUACAAUAAUGAAAGAAAAAUUGUGUUUUGUGGCAUAUUCAAAGGAAUAUUCAGUAAACUGCUUAACAUGCCCAUUUUGCCCCGCUUUCCCCUAUAGGUAUAAUUUCCAUGCCAACAGAACACAGAUCGAACACCAGAUCGAACGCGUUCGAUGAAUUCAGUUGUGUAGGUACGAUUUAUACACCAACAGAACACAGAUCGAACACCAGUUCGAACGCGUUCGAUGAAUUCAGUUGUGUAGGUACGAUUUACACACCAACAGAACACAGAUCGAACACCAGUUCGAACGCGUUCGAUGAAUUCAGUUGUGUAAGUACGAUUUACACACCAACAGAACACAGAUCGAACACCAGUUCGAACGCGUUCGAUGAAUUCAGUUGUGUAAGUACGAUUUAUACACCAACAGAACACAGAUCGAACACCAGUUCGAACGCGUUCGAUGAAUUCAGUUGUGUAGGUACGAUUUACACACCAACAGAACACAGAUCGAACACCAGUUCGAACGCGUUCGAUGAAUUCAGUUGUGUAAGUACGAUUUAUACACCAACAGAACACAGAUCGAACACCAGUUCGAACGCGUUCGAUGAAUUCAGUUGUGUAGGUACGAUUUACACACCAACAGAACACAGAUCGAACACCCGUUCGAACGCGUUCGAUGAAUUCAGUCGUAUAGAUACGAUUUCCACACCAACAGCACACGCCCAAUCCGCAAAAGCCGAAGUUUUGUAUGGGAUCGUCCUGUACUCAUAUGUACCCACUUACGUGCCCACUUGCAGUAGAAGUGGAAAUGUGGUUUCACGCCCACAUAGACACCUUCCACCCGAACGAUCGCGUUCACACAUACUAUCACGCUCUGAUUUCUUCUGCACCUCACGCAUACCAAUGUGUUUGCUCCACGCCCUUUUCGGAUUGCUUAUAGAAAUGAUGAGGCACACAUGUUUACUUUUGCUGUAUGCACACAUUCGCAUGCGGUUUAUUCCAUACUUUUUCUCUCCCUUCCAACACGUGCUUUGGCAUACUCACACUGUGUAG